AUGCAGUUCACCACUAUCCUCGCCGCGACCCUCUUCGCCAUCUCCACCUCCGCAGCAACACUCGUCACGCGGGCCCCCAUCGAAGCCCGUGCCGUAGGCUUCAGCCACUCGAAGCGCGCCUUUGAUCUCACUGCUGAGAUCGCCGCCAUGGAGAAGCGAGGUCAGUCUGCUGCUUGUACUAUCUGCACGUUCGGAUGCGGUACUGGUGGAGAUCUUGAGCCGUGCGAUUGCUGUGCUGAAGGGGGUGCCUGCAUUGAUGAUGGAAGCUGCAACAUCUAA